AUGGCCGAUGCAUACCGGUUUCCGCAACGGUUUCCCUCCCUCUCCCCUGACGAUGCAUACCUUGCGCUUCACCACGAAAUGCUCAUAAAGCAUCCUACCGAGAUGGCGAAAAUCAUUGGCCUAGACGGCAUAGAGCUUGUAUCUAUUGCCCUGACAAAACGUGAUAUUCCAAGCCUAAUCCGUAUGGCUCGCCUCGGUACGAAGGUAGCACAUCGCUUCAAGGAGGUACUUAACCCUUCCCCGGUCGACACCCAGCGUUUGCUCAACACUCUCACUCCAAACGUGGGACCUAUCGCGCCUCAGUCCAGCGUAGGAAUACCCAGGGACUUGCCAUUAGCUCCUUCUGGUCCUUCGAACUCGGCAGUUGUUGGCUUCGAGACAGAGGCGCCCAAUUCCUCGGGAGAUGUGGUGAAGAAUAGUCCAGUGGCGCUCUGGACCAAUGCCAACACCGUUUCGGAACCAUCAUCCCUCAGUCGUGUCAACUAUCUCGAAUGCUGGAACGCUUCGCUGAAAGUGAUUCAAGCUGCCCAAACCCAGCAGGCCAUCAAAGCCUUGAAUGCCAUCGCCGAUUAUCUCGCGGACAGUAACUGCAUCGCCGUGUGCGGUUCCGGUGGCUCUGAUGGGUUCGCCCGGCUUGUCUACGACUUUAUCAAAAUGACGAGAAAGACCGGGAGAAUCAUCGUUUCUUCGUUUACCACAACUCCACGAACUGGCAUCCGGGACCACCCGCUGCCACCGGAGUUUGUCAAUAAACCUGGCAAUGACCUCGACCAUAUGUGUCUGUUCAUGCUUGAAGUCAGACAGAAGUUGCUCGCCGAGGACCCGAAGAGCGCGAAGGCUAUUGUUUUCCACCUUCUCAUUCCCUCGUGUUCCGAAAUACAGAUUAAGGAGCCACUACAUUUCCCCGAGGACCUCUUUCCUCUUCAGAUUGAGGGUAUGACGUACAAAGGCGCUGCCCAGGUCAAACUGAAUCUACCAGCAGUCCCUGCUAGUCUCUUGUAUGACGUUGCAAAUAUUCUCGACCCGGCCCACUGGAACGCAAUAGCACAGGGAACUAGCAUCGCCGUAGGGGCUCCAGCAUGUAUCUGGGGCAUUCCUGGCGCUGCGACCGCUUUGGAUGCUGGGUUAGGUCUCUUUACAGGACCUGGGUGGGUCUAUGCGGGCCAUUAG